AUGGCACCCAGCCCAUACGACAUCCUUGGAAUCUCUCCUAAUGCAGAUGCUGCCGCCAUACGCGGAGCCUACCACCGCAUGGCUCUGAAAUACCACCCGGACAAGAUCCAAGAUCCCACCAAACAAGCUGCCGGGGCCGAGAAGUUCAAAGACGUCCAAGCUGCGUAUGGGAUUCUAAAGGAUUCUACCAAGCGUGCUACCUUUGAU